CAACUCCUCAAAUGGCUCCCGAACAGUCCAAGAACAAGUACUCUGUACUUUUGCCCACCUACAACGAGCGCCGUAACCUUCCUAUAAUAACAUGGCUGCUCAACAAGACAUUUACAGAAAACAACCUCGACUGGGAGCUCAUUAUUGUCGAUGACGGCUCUCCCGACGGUACCCAAGAAGUCGCCGCCCAGCUGCAGAAAGUCUACACUCCCGAGCGCAUCCAGAUCCGAGCGCGCGCUGGUAAACUCGGUCUCGGCACCGCCUACGUUCACGGCCUGCAAUUCGCGACGGGCAACUUUGUCAUCAUCAUGGACGCGGAUUUCUCGCACCACCCCAAGUUCAUCGCGCCCAUGAUUGCGCUGCAAAAGACCAAGAACUACGAUAUUGUCACGGGUACACGGUAUGCGGGCAACGGAGGCGUCUAUGGAUGGGAUCUCAAGCGCAAGUUUGUCAGCAGAGGCGCCAAUCUCUUUGCCGACACUGUCCUGAGGCCAGGUGUGAGCGACCUGACGGGCUCGUUCCGCCUGUACAAGAAGGAGAUUUUGCAAAAGGUCAUUCGCAGUACCGAGAGCAAGGGAUAUACCUUUCAGAUGGAGAUGAUGGUGCGUGCAAAGGCUAUGGGAUGUACGGUUGGCGAGGUUCCUAUUUCCUUUGUUGACCGUCUGUAUGGUGAGAGCAAGCUUGGUGGCGAUGAGAUUGUCGAGUAUGCCAAGGGUGUGUUUUCAUUGUGGAUGAAGGUCUAGUCUGGAUUAUGGACGGUUGCAUGGCGUUGGCGCAUCGGCACGGGACAUGUCAAGAUAUCCUGGACUGGGGUGAGAUGCUAACUUGAUCUUGACUUUUUUUACAUAUCCAGAAUAUCUAUUUAACUGAUAAUCUUCUGUCAUUGUCUCAUUCUAGAGCUACGCUUGAGACUUGACGUGUUGAGAAUGCAUCCAUGUUUAAC